AUGCCUUCCAUCUAUCCCCGUGGCUUCCACAACGGCACACUUUCGCUCUCUGAAGGACCGACCGUCUCAGACGCCACUCUGAACGAUGCAUGGUCGGACGGCGAGUGGUGUACCGGUUGCAACGAGGCGCAGCAUAGCUACGAGGUGCAGCGGGCCACAGCAAUCAUUCCCGGUACCGCCGCGAGUACCGACAACGUAUACCUCAAUGUCCUGCAGGCCUGGGAGACCUCAAAUCCUCAAGCUCCACUUUUGCUGUGCACAAUUCCAGAUGACACCGAGGCUAUCUCCGCCGCAUGUACUGCGCUGCUGAAAGCAAAGGCAGCCUCGACUGGACCCAGGUCCGAUUGCUCCUUCCUCAGCCUCAUGGGGAGCCUACAGGACGCCGCGCCAAAGGAAGACGGAAACCUGCUCCCCUGGGCAGCCGGAUCAGUACAAUUCAAAGAUGCGCUCGGGCGACGAUGGGACUUUGAGGUCGGCUCGCUGAUGGGAACCCCCCGUGGAUCACUCUUCUGCAAGCAGUGUGGCGGCUCCGAACAUGACAUUGUUACCGUGGAGGGGUCGCUUGACUUUGAGCGUGGCAGCCCCAGCACCAUGGUCCUCGAUACCUUCGACUGCCUUAACGAGAAGUCCCCUUUCCUCAUCCAUGCCAUCUAUUCUGAUGCCAAGGAACUCCACGACGCGAUCAAUACGGUGGCAAUCGUCGAUGGCAAGGGGAGAAAGGAGUGCGUCAUGUCGAUUUUGUCGAGGGAACUCGCUGCGAUCUGCCCAGGAAAGUACCCUACAAUCAGCAGUGACGCAUUCGUCCGAAAGUCGGAAGAUGCAUGA